AUGGGAAAACAUAGAAACAAGAAUUAAAGCAAAUAUGAAAAUGCUCCUCAGAAGAAAGUUAAGACAAAUCACUGGGAUCAAGACAAUCAAUAAAUUUGUGUCGUCUAAUUUGAGAAUCCCAUCUUUCGUCGUUUCUAUGAAAUCCAAUUACCAGAAAUAACUUCUGAAGAGUUUCAGAUCUUCUGGUAAUCUUUAUCUCUUCCAUUGCCUGUCACUUUCAGAAUUAAUCCAUCCUAAUACAAAUACGAGAGUUUGAUUGAAAGAUUACAAGAUGGAUCCUUGAUAAAAGACAUGGUCAAUGAAGAAGAAAUAGUAGAGCCAAUUAGAGAAAUUAAAUGGUAUCCAAAUCAUUUGGUAUGGGAAUCUAAGGUGCCUAAGAAAAGUCUUAGAAAAUCAGCUGCCCUCACUAAACUACACCAAUUCAUAUAAAAAUGCAAUUCGACUGGUCUUUUGACUAGAUAAGAACUUGUGUCAAUGCUUCCUCCGUUGUUAUUGGAUCCUCAACCAACUGAUUAUGUUCUGGAUAUGUGUGCAGCUCCAGGAUCAAAAACUUGUCAAUUGUUGGAGGUAGUAACUAAAGGAUUGAUUGUUGCAAAUGAUGUAGAUGCCAAAAGAGCAUAUAUGUUAUCGCAUCAACUAUCUCGUAUGCCAACCGCAUAGGUUAUGGUCACCAAUUAUGCAGCUUAAUUCUAUCCUACCUUAUAUAUCAAUGGAUAGAGAUUACAAUUUGAUAAAGUGUUAUGUGAUGUUCCAUGCACUGGGGAUGGAGCUGCUCGUAAGUUACCUACAAGAUGGGUCAAAUGGUCAGCAAGAGAUGGCAAUGUCAUUCAUCCUUUGCAAUUGAGUAUUUUGAUGAGAUCACUUCAAUUAUGCAAAAUUGGAGGAUAUGUUAUGUAUAGCACAUGUUCACUCAAUCCAAUUGAGGAUGAGGCUGUAGUGGCUGAAGUCUUUAGAAGGGCUGGCUUUGAUGCUUUUGAAUUAGUUGAUUUACAUACACUCUAAGGAUUCAAAACUAGAAAAGGAGUCAAGGAUUGGAAGGUUAUCGUUACUGAUGACUUUCUAACCUAAAAGUAUCUUCAAAGAGAAUCAAACCCAGACUAAGAUGAAAAGACUUUCCUUGAAAGUGUCACUGAAGAUGAUUUAGUCUAUGAAGUUAAUAAUGUUAAUCAAAAAUUGAAUAUUAAAAAGUUGUUUUCUAAGUUUUCUAGAAAAUAGGAAGGAUAAAUGAUUAAUGCUUUAAAGACAUUAAAGCCUUCUUUAUGGCCAGAUACUGAAGAGUUUAUGAAUAAAAUUGGUAUAGAGAAGACAUUGAGAGUACUACCACAUGAUUAAGACACUGGUGGUUUCUAUUUGGCAUUAUUUAAGAAAAAGUAAGCAGUAAUUUGGAAAAAGCCAAUUUAUUAAGAAUCAAUAAUAUCUUAAGAGUAACCAAUAUAAUAAUAAUAAUAAUAAUAAUAAUAAUAAUAAUAAUAAUAAUAAUAAUAAUAAUAAUAAUAAUAAUAAUAAUAAUAAUAAUAAUAAUAAUAACAAUAAUAAUAAAUUGAAGUUGAAUAAAUUACUGAUAAACCAGAAUAACCUAAUUAAUAAUAAUAGCCUGAAUAAGUUUAAUAAUCAGCUUAAUAAGAAGUUAUCUAAUCAGAAGAUGUUUAAUAAGAAUAAUUUAUUUAAGAUAUUGAUGUCAAUUAAGAUCAUCUUAAGGACAUCUUAAAGUAAAGCAAUGAAUAGGAUGGCAAAUAAUAAAAUGAGAAAGAUAAAGCUGCAUUACUCGAACCUUAUACUCCGAUCAAUGACUAUGAUUGGAAAGUCAUUUGUGAUUAUUAUGGUAUCAGUGGAUUUCCUUAAGGAUAAGUCCUAGGUACUGGAUAAUCGCUUGACAUCAUCAUGUAAGUCAACAAGAAAUUUAGAUAUGUUAGUGAGGAUGUAAAAAAUAUAUUGUUUGAUCCCAAAAAUUAGAACCUUAAACUUAUUAACAUUGGCUAGAAACUAUUUGAGAGGGGCAAGGAAAGCUUUGGUGGCUAGGUAACUCCCUUUAAAAUCACUCAAGAAGGACUGCCAUACAUUUAUAAAUAUCUGACUAAACGAGUUGUUGAAUGCAAUAAGGAGUAAUUUAUGGAGAUCUUGCAAAAACGAAAUAUUAGAAUGGUCGAUUUUACUCAUGAAGAGUUGAAGAAACAAUUCGAGCAGUUGAUUUAGGGAUGUUUUGUCCUUUUCUACAAGGAGACACCAGAUGUAAGUGAGGCAAUUGUUUGCCAAUAUUACAAACAAAGUAUUAAUUUAAUGUGUAGUACUGAGAAUAUAGAAAACAUUCUUAUUAGACAUAGAUUGAUGUGA